AUGGAAGAAGCGAAACUUAGGGACCAAACAGAAGAUGAUGCUAUUGACUUAGAUAAAGAAACAAAGUCUGCUUCUUGAGUGAAUCAGACUAAAGUGUCCCAGCUUAUAAGGAUCCAAGAGCUUAAUGCGAAAAUAGACACGAAAUGGAACUCUGAAGCUAUUGAGGUUUCAGCGCAAGAUAAGGAAGAUUCUUAUAUUUUCUCAACUGGAAUUGAAAAACGUUCUACUUACUCAGAUCUGAAAAAUAUGAAAAUAAUGAUGUUCAGUAUCACACUCCCUGAGGAGUUCCUCGUGACCAAAAUUAAGUUUAACUUCAACUCAUUUGAUAAGUUUAAAGCAAUGUAUGCAAUUCAUAAUAUUGAGGCAUACUCUGAACUGACUGAGAAAAACGAAAGUUUUAUAAGACCUUUGGAUAAUCAGAAGCUGAUAUCGGUCGAUCCAGUGCUUAAAUCUAUAAGUAUAAACCUCUACUCCUUUGCUAGCAUUAUUAACGUUUAUUAUCAGUGUAUUAAUCCCAGGAAAGAUGUGGAAGGGCGCCCAGGAAAGAAAAAUAAAUAACUUAUUUACUUAUAAUGGUCCGUUUCAGGACCUUAAUGCUGAGCUACAGAAACCCAAUUUCAAAAUGGAUGCUGAUGAUCUAGAAGAUCUUGAUAAUGAAGUAGCGAUGAUCCUCAAGAAAGCACCAAAGGAUAGUGAUAGAAGUGAUGCUGAGAAAAAGGAUGGAUCUCAAGAAAAACCUCUAAAUAACGAAAGUUCUUCAAAUAAACAUCCAAUGGAGUCAAUAACUAUCAGUGGUGCUAGAGGAAUUCAGAGCAAACUCAAUCUGAUUCCUUUGUUUAAUAUAAAAAGUCUAUUCCUUAGAAAUGCAAGAUAUGUAGAAGCCCUCGAGAUAGAAUAUAUGACUGGGUUAUCUCUCAUGUGCUCACGCAAGCAUUUCCAAGCUUUAGAGUCGUUCAAAAGAGUUCAAGCAAAGAUGUUGAAUAACCUUAAGGGUAAAAUGAAAGACCAAGGGAGGCUAGAUACCCCAUCAUUGAUGAACCCAGAAAUGUUCGCUCAAAGAGACCUUUCUGAAUCAAGAGGAGCAGCUCAUUACUCAGAAAUGAUGAAGGCAGCAAGCAUUGAAAUAUUGAUAUCUGAAUGAUAUAAUGCUCAAGGAAAAGAAUUAGAGAAAAUCAAUUCAUUCAAAAGAGCAACUGAGCUAUAUUUAGGAAUGUUCGUAUCUCCUAAUGAAUACGAAAAGCUUGAAUUUUAUGCAGAUGACGUCCACUCCACUCUCACCAAGAUCGCACCUUAUUUGACCAAAAUGUUACUUGAACUAGCAAGAAAUGACGAACAAGAGAUUAGGAUUGCCGCCUUAAGAGGAAUUGAAUUUCUCCUUGAAAAACUUGGAUGAACUCUUGAUAAUUAUAUGAUUGAUAUCCUCAGAUGCAUCGUCCAGACAUUCCCCAAGAAGUUGAGUGAGGUACUAAAUGAGCCUUUAAGCCAUUCUCCAAGUGAGGUCUUCCCAGGAAGCAGAGAUGCAAAUUCAAUUGAUAAAUCAUUAAAACAUGUUCGGAAAGAGAUAAAAAGUCAUGAUUUUUCAGGUAGGGAAAAAGGGAUCAAAGCUGAGGAUAUUCAGGUAAAAGCAACUAUUGAUUGUGCCUUCAAAGCCACUAAGAAGAUUAUCCAGGUGAUCUUGGAUAAGUAUGUAAGCGUUCUGAGUAGUAUCUCUUCAAACAUUCUUCACCAGAUAUUUUUUGAUUUACUCAUUAAAACUUUGAGCGAGAAGGAAGCAUCCAAUGAGCUUAAAACUCUAUUGAUCAAGAUAGCUGAGAAGAUUAUAAGUAUUUGUCAAGGAGAUCUGAUUUUGAGCAAAAAGUGUCUGGAUUCUCUACUUUCCUUCGCCUCUUUACAUAAUAUGGAAGCUCUUGGACAAGCUGGAACUUCACUCUGGCAGAGUAUAAGAACAAAAAUAAUGUGAAACUACUCUCAUAAAGGAAUGAAGGAUAUAGUCGAAUGGAUAGCUGAGCAAUUGGUCAUUUUAUCAGAAAAAGAAAAUAAGAUUGAUGAAAAUGAUAUGCAAAAAUUGAUUACUCUUUUAGAUAUUAUUUCUUUGUUGUCAGUUGAGAGAUUAAAAAUAGAAGAGGAUACCAACAAUUUAAUCAGGCUAAAUACGAGCCUGUCAAUGGAUAUCUACCUCCUCCUCAACCCUGUCAUCUACUGGAUGCGCUUCAGCAUCGAGCGUGAAGACAGACUCCAUCUCUUCAAAGCUUCCUGGAAAACCAUCAAAGACAUCCUCAUGUCUCUCCCCGAAGGAAUCGACAUCGACUUGAUCUCGAUCAUCCUCCCAAUCUUCGAGCGAGUGUGAGACCACCUGAAAGUGCAUUCUCCGUCGCUGCCGAUGCUGAAGUUCUUGGAAGUCAUCAUCCAGGAUGUGUCUUUCCCUCGGAGCAUGAUGAAGCUGUUUCUGAAGCGACUGAUUCCACACAUCUCGUGAUGUGCUUACGAUGAAAUCUACAGCAUAUUCCAGAUUGUUCUCAACAUUUUGUAUUACAGCGAAUCCGGAAACUCGUUCAUCGACAAAGACACUUUGAUGUUGUGUCUGAAAGCAUUCACAGACAAGAAUUCGAACCGAAGCUCCAUCCACAAGAAAACUGUUUCGGAGUUUGUGAACCAGUUUAUUUUGUGUCUGAACACUCCGCUCGAACAAGAAGCAGACGAAAUAAGAAUGAUCGAGUUGUUCAAACACACGGUGUCUUUCUUGAUAUUCAACAACAAAGACAUCGACACUGACGACCCCCAAGAUGUCAGAGAACUGAUCGAGCUGCACUCGACAUACAAAGAGCGGAUCGGGUUCUUCAUCGACGUGAUCCAGAAGUUCAGAGAAAUGCACGUCAACUUGUUCAGAGAACUGCUGAUCAACACUUACUUCCACAACUUCAUUUUCCAGCUUUUACGCAAAGGCGAGCUUGAGCUUCGGAUCAAGAGCCACGAAAUACUCGAGAUCCUGUCUAAAUGCAUGACCUACCUGAUCAACGAAGAAGGCGCCAGCGAGGAGACUUCGGCAAGUGGGUCACAGAACAUCGAGUCGACCCACCCAAGAGGACAGGCGAGCGAGGUGGAGCGGAUAUCUCCGGAGAGGCUUGCAUUGAUUCAGCUGUAUUACCGAGUUGCUAAGUUAUCUCUUGAAACUGAUCAUGACUUCUACCUUCAAUUUAGUGCAUUGAUUCUCCUUGAUAACAUUUUUCAAAAUUUGAUGCCUGUUCCUUCUUUUGCUAAUGAAUUGUAUAAACGUGAAAAUGAAUCCAGCCUUAUACCAUGCCAGAAUUCAGAUAUUAUUGACAUAGAAGAAAUGGAGAUUAGUGAUGAGACCAAAUUCAAAUGUAAUAAUCCGAAGUACUUAGGAAUGAGGCUAUCAUUAGUAUUCAAGUUAUGGGAUCAUAUCCAAAAAGCACUUAACUCUCCUUGGAGUAAUAUCAGAUCAAUCUGAUAUGGACUUAUCUGAUCCAUGCUGAAGAUUGAUAUUACUGAUUACAACGACCAUUUCCAACAGAAAAUUCAGACUCUAGUUUUACCACUUCUUAACGAUCUACUAUCUAGUAGAGAAAGUGAGAGUAAGGCAGGAGGCCUUAAUAUUCUUGGAUCCUUUUGUGGUCUGAGUUAUGAUUUCACAAAUCCCUUCUACAACAUUAGUGAGAACCUUGAUUUCUUUAAUAGGAACACUAAAUAUGUAUCACUUCCAAUCUGGCAAUAUGUAUUCGAUUUACAAGAAGAUUGGGAUAUCACAAUCAAGGAAGCUUCUGCUGUGCUUAUCCAGCUCUGAGCCCCAAGAGAUUCUAUCAAGCAUUUCUAUCAAGUCAAAUGAGAGGGCGAGAACCUCAGACUCAAAACUCUUUUGAGCCAUUUCUCUGCUUCCACUCCUGAUGUUGGGAACAAAAGCAAGCUGCACCAUAUUUUGAAUUUCAUUUCAAACAAUUCGGGUGAAGGAUCAUCAGUCAAGAGUGAGAGGAAUAGAAACCAAGAGGCUUCUGAUUAUGCCAACCAGAGUAGAACUUCAAAUCAUGAUGAAGGUUCCAGGUCAAAGAAAUACAAUGAAGAAGAGAAAAAUCAAAAAGAUGAUCACGGAAAAAUCCUGGACGAGCUUGCCAAAGGCCUUAACUCCAAUAGUUCUCUCUACGAUGAAGAGGUUAGAAGGUACAAUAAAUCAGAUCCAAGACAAGAAGAAGAGUUCAUGAGGGAAGUCUAUCAGUUCGAGUUCUAUGUUGAUGCUUACUCUGAUGAAAAGAUAAAAGAAAUCAUCUCAAUCUUCAGAAACGACUUCAAACCUCCAAAGAACUUAUGGAUUGAGAACAUGAAUAUCCAAAACACCGCUGAAGCAAAUUACUUCAAUGAUGUCUUUGCAGAUGAUGAUAAUUAUAGUGAAUCUCUUGACAAUUCUCCAGAGGCAGAUAACUCACAUAACGAAGAGAUAGAUGACAUUGGUUACCAAAUAUCUGAGCAAAAGAAGCAGAAGCCAAAGCAGAAAGAACCAAAGAAAGAGAAACCUAAGAAUAUUGAAACUAAAGAGGAAUCUAAAUACUCAGACCGAAUCAAACCGUUAGAUGAUGAUCAUAAGAAAGACAAGCCGUCCAAAGAAAAACAAAAAGAACAGAGGCUUUCUCCAAAGGAAGAAACAAAAGAUUAUGAGCUAAAAUCCAAACCAAAGAAAAAGAACCAAGGCCCCACAGAUUACACUGUUAAUAAGGCAAAGGAUGGUCUGAACAUCCUAAUCCCUGACUCCAAUGAUGACAUGAGGAACAUCGAUCAGAGAUCUGAGAAAGGCGAGGUUGGGCAUAUCGAUGACCUAAACAAGACCAGAAAGCUGCCUAAAAAUUUCACUGACAACAUAGGUAUUGACUCUCAAGAGCCAAGUGACGACCAAAGUAACAUCUCUAUCGGAAAAUGCACUGAAGAGAUUGACCAGAAUCUGAAACUCAUUAAAAAGGAGAAAGAAAAACUAGAAGUGGAGCGACAAACAAAAAUCAAACACAAAGAAAAGAAAAGCAAAUCUAAGAAUAGAGGAGGAUACCAUAAGAAGAAAAGACCAAACAGCCAUAAGAAGAGAGGUAGUACCAGCAAUAUGCAUGAGCAGCUGAAAAAGAAGAUGGGUUUCAUUAAUUCACACUCAAGCAGAGGUAGAGGCAGAGACCAGUUCCUAAAUUACAGCCUAGAUGAGAUUAAUCAAAAAUUACAAGCCAAAGCUAAGCAUUAUAAUACUUCAACUGGUAAAGGAAAGAAGAGGUUGAAUAAAAGUUUUGAAAAUGUAUUCUCAUCUUGCGGAAAUACUUCAAGGAAGACAAUGAGGAAGAAUAAAAAGGCGAAAAAGCCAAUUUCUUCUUCUCCGAAUAGGAUAUCAUUAAGGGAGAAAAAGAACAGCACUGGAAAUGCAAAGACUCCUAAUACAACCUCUCGAAAGAAGUUGAAUAACUCUUUGUAUAGUAACAGGAACCAUAAUUAUAAUAUGAAUGAGAUAGCGCACAAGUUUUGCUUGAUUAACUUCUCGUCAAUGCCAUCGACUCCAACAGGAAAUUCGUUUAUUAAAUAAACUAGGAGAGAAGAUGAAUAUACAGAAGGCUGAGAAGGAGAAGAUUCUCUAUAACUUUUGUAAGGAAAAGCAGUUGUCUCUCACCAACCCCAACAUGGUGGCUCUACUCCACCAAGCGAAACACAAGAAGAAAAAUAUGAAGUUAAAACAUUCAGAAAAUUAUUUGAAUUCAAGCGGAAUUUUGAGCAGUAGAAAUGAGGAUUCUGAUGGGAAAUUAACAAAUUUUUUUGUUAAGGGAGCUCACUCAUAUGCAAUUGGGAAUGAAAAAGGGCCUAAGAAGGCUCAUAAGCAUAAACAGCCUAUGACAGAGAGGAUAAGAUAGGCCGGAAACUACUUAAAUUUUUAUAACUCAAUA